AUGUCGGACUACUCGCACGAUGAGGAUCACGACCCUCAGGCGGACGAGCUCCGCGAGACGGCGCUGGUCACCCUUGAGGCGAUGAUCAGCUCCUGCAACCAGCAAAUGCAGCCUUACCUCGCCAAUACAAUCCAGGCCGCCCUCCGAUCCCUCAAAUACGACCCCAAUGUUGCCGAAAACGAAGACGACGAAGAAAUGGGGGGCACACAGGAUGAUGGGAGCGAGGACGAUGCCACCGAGGACCCUGACAUGGACGAUGACGAGUUCGACGACUUUGAGGAGGAAGAUGGAUAUAGUGAUGUUGACGAUAUGAGCUGGAAGGUUCGUCGAUGUGCCGCCAAGCUUCUCUACUCCGUCAUUUCCUCGUACGGCCAUAGCCGGGCCCUCGACGACUCCGCUCUAUACCAGAGUAUCUCGCCCGCUCUGAUCUCUCGGAUCAGCAAAGAACGGGAAGAGAGUGUGAAGCUGGAAGUCAUUAUUACUCUCACGACACUCGUUUGCAAGAUCAGCGAGGGCUCUACUGUUGUCACAUCAAAUGGGUUCUUGGAAGCCGUGGGAGGGUCGAAGAACUCCCGUAAACGCCGACGCCAGGAUAGCGACGCUAGCAUGGUCGACUUUGAGCCGGGUGCUGGUACCUCUUCCGCCAUCGACUCGCCUUUCGUUCCUUCCUCGCCCAAGUCUGGGCCCCAGGCGGACCUCGCUCGCUCAGUUCCCUUGAUUGUACAGAGCCUAGUGAAGGUGUGGAAGCAGGCCUCCAUGCCCCUGCGCCAGGCCGUCGUGGUCCUUCUGAAAAGCCUCUCCCUUGCGCGCUACGGAGGCCUGGCAGAUCAUCUGCAGCAGAUUGAAGAUCUCAUUGCGGAUGCUCUCAAGAUAUCGUCGCUCUCGGGGACCUCUACUGCUCAUGCGCGUGCUGCUGUCAGCCCAAGUAGCCUGCAGAUUGAGACCCUGGGCCUAAUUUCUGCCAUCACUGAGACACACGUGUCCGAUGCGUUGCUCCCUUUCCUUAUCGCACUCGUGCCCGGUGUUAUGGGGGCCGUCAAUGAGAGAAACUACAAGGUCAGCAGCGAGGCACUCGGUGCGGUCGAGCAAAUUGUGAAGGCCCUCACACCCCCUCGCGUCUCUUCCAACGCCCCAGAUGUGGCCAUGCAGCUAGAGAAACUAUACGACGUGAUUCUUACUCGCAUCACCGACACCAGCGCAGACUUAGAAGUCCGUCAGCGCGCUAUCCAUGUUUUCGGUGUGCUCUUGGCACGCACCUCUGGGGAACGGGGUACCGAAUAUCUCUCUGCCGAUCGUCGAUUCAAGGGCUUGGCCGUCAUGGGUGACCGUGCCAAGAAUGAAACCACUCGCCUUGCGGCUGUACGUGCGAUCGAUGAUAUUCUUGUUUUGGCCAGUCGUAAGGAGGAUGUUGAUGCAGCUUGGGUGAACGAUGUAUCUCAAGAAUUGGGAUCCAACCUUAGGAAGUCGGAUCGUGCUCUUCGAGGCUCAUGCCUGGAAGCUUUGCGAAGCCUAGCCAUGAACUCCAACGUCAGAACCCACCUCAUCCCCGACACUAUGAUCGCUCUCGAAAAUUCUCUCUUGCCUCUUCUUUCGGCAGCCGACUUCCAUUUGCUCACACCAACGCUGAUCAUCAUCGCUAAGCUCGUUCCCGACAAUUCGAAGUCGCUCGUGAACGAAACUCUGAUCUCUGCAAUCUGCUCUAUUGUGAAGCAACCCCUGAUCGGCACAGUUCUCAAGGCUUUGCUUCUUCUCGUGAAAGUCAUCGGCGACGAAGGCGCUGGCGCUAAGUUGAUGGAGAACUUAUUGCAGAAUGUAGGAAUUACCGGGGAUUCCUCCGUCGUUGGCCGAGCUAUUGGAACGCUUCUGGUCCAUGGCGGUAGCAACCUGGGCGUGACCAUGGAGGAUUUCUCUACUGAGCUACGUACUGCGAAGGAUGAGAGUCGCAAAUGCCUUGCGCUGGCUAUUCUCGGCGAAAUCGGCCUGCGUAUGGGUACGGAUUGCACUCUGACACCCGACAUCUAUAUCGCUCACUUUGACUCUCCGUCCGAUCAUGUCCGUCUCGCUGCUGCAACUGCACUGGGCAACGCCGCUGCGGGCAGUCUGAAGACCUAUCUUCCCAUCAUCCUCAAUGGCCUCGACGUGACCAACUCGCACAGCUACCUCUUGCUGCAUUCUGUGCGGGAACUGCUUCAGCACCCCGAGGUCGUGCGUCCUGACCUGGCCCCAUCUGCCCUCAAGCUUUGGCAAGCGCUUCUUGUCGUUUCAGAAAAGGAGGAUAAUCGUGCGGUUGGCGCCGAAUGCGUGGGCCGACUCGCCUUGAUUGACCCAGUGUCUUACAUUCCUCACUUCCAGGUAUGUCUAAGUCGUUUGCCCCUCGGAGCCGUUUUUUACGGACGCGGCUCUAAUCCGACCUCCCAGGAAUAUCUCGCCAACCUCAAUCCUGUUAUUCGCGGCGUUGUGAUUGCCGCCUUCCGCUAUACACUUGCGGACUCAAGCGAUGCCUACAAUGAUGUUCUGCGGCCGUUGAUGGUGCCGCUCCUCACACGCAUGCUCGACGAGAAGGACCUGGGCAAUCACCGCCUUGCCUUGACGACGCUGAACUCCGCCAUCCACAACAAGAUGGCCUUAUUGCGACCCCACCUGGGUGAAUUGCUCCCCGCGGUCUUUGAUGACACUCAGAUCAAGCCGGAGCUUAUUCGCGAGGUGCAAAUGGGGCCCUUCAAGCACAAGGUGGACGACGGCUUGGACCUGCGGAAGAGUGCCUACGAAACUCUAUACGCGUCGCUAGAUACUGCCUUUGCCCGGGCCCAUGUCGGUGAGAUCUUUGACCGUGUCAUUGCAGGCAUUGAGGACGAGCAAGACAUUCGGGCUAUCAGUAACCUGAUGACCGUGCGGCUAAUCAAGAUCGCACCGGACGAGACGCAGCGCCGAUUGGAUGCGCUGUCGGAAAAGUUCACGAAUGUAUUGUCAUUUAAGCCGAAGGAUAAUGCGGUCAAGCAGGAAUUAGAGAAAGCACAGGAGGCGUCGCUGGGCAUCCUCAAGAUCACAAAGGAACUCAGCAAGGCAUUCCCGGGGGCAGAAUCGGCAAGCGAGCUGCACAAGUGGAAGGGUUACAUGGAGUGGGUUCGUAAGAAUUUUGCAUCGCAGCUGCACGGGCUCGAGACGGAUUUCUGA